GUGUGUGUGGUGUUCAGUCUGGCUCUGAAGAGCUGGUGUCGUGCCGUGGUCGAGUCCGUCAUCGAGGGGACGCUGGACUCUCAGGCCUGGUGUUUGCUGGUAGACCAUGGAGAUCACAUCAUCGUCAGAGCGGAUGAUGUCAGAACUCCUCUGGAGAAGUUCCUGCAGCUGUCCUUCAGGGUGCGCCGCUUCAGCCUGGCUGGGGUUCGCCCCAUGACCCUUCAGGUGCCGGUCUCUGGAGACCCGGCCGAGCUCGUGCCCUCCUCAACGUGGGACAGCUCUGCCACCAAAUACUUGCACAAUCUGUUACAAGUGUCGACUCUGGUGGAAGCCGUUCUGUGUGAGACGCACGCCGGUUGCUCUGCCGUUGAACUCUACUUGACUAUCAAUGAUACAAAGAUCUGUGUGAACCAUGAGCUCGUGGCCAAGAAGUUUGCCUGUUUCGUGAGUGAGAAGUCCAGCGUGCCGGACGGGAACAGGAAUGGAGACCGGGUUCCUGUCAGCCUGGCGUGGGACAUUUACUCCUGUCCUCAAGAGCUCUUAGAGAUGAAGGGCUGCUGUCCGGUCAAAGCUUCGCCCGCGCCCGAUAUUCCCCAGAAUCCCCACCGAACCGAGCGGAGAGAUGAUCCACAACCACAGACAGAAAGCGAGCCGCAGAAACCGCAGGUGUCGGAGGAAGAACACACGCCUGCUCCGGUCAAACCUCGAGUCCAUAAACUGACCCGCAAUGCCAGCACCGACACUAUCGGCAGAGGAUGGCGGAUCAGAGUCGAGGCCACGGGCAUUACCACAGAUGAAACCUGUGCGCAGACCGGCAUGAACAAGGCCCAAUACAUGAAGUUUAAAUUACAUUCAAAGCAGAUUCCUGAAUCUGUUGAAGAGAAGCGGCACCGUCCUGAUCAGACUGAAGAGAAUGCCAGUGGCUCCUCAGAGGAGCAGAAAGAGGCAUCUCUCUCACAAGAGUCCAAUCUUGAUGAUCUGCUGGCCUCGUCAAGACUCAUGCAGUUUCUGAACCCUGAUCCACUCAAUCCAGACCAAGAAUCUCUUGAUGCCAAAGCUGCGCGCUGUGACCCGGGUCACCUGGGUGUGUUAGUGCACUCCGCCCUGCGUGUCGAACCCUGCAGAAACCUGGCACGCGCUCCCAUCAGCGAGCAGUUCAGAAAGUUCCUGCUGUGGAGGAAGUAUAACGGGCCGAAUGUAGCGGAGAGCUACUGUUGGCCCGCGGUGGCUCGGGGCUUUGACACGGUGCUGGUGUCUCCCAGCGGUGACAAUCCUCUGACCUAUAUUCCUCCUCUGCUGAUGCUGUUACAGACGGUGUCUGUCGUCUCCAGCCUCGCUGCUCGCACUGGGCCUGUGGCGGUGAUUCUGUGUCCGGGCUGGGAGAAAGUCCAGACGGUGCUGGAGCUCCUGGAGGACAGCAGAGCCACUCACAGUCUCCAUCCCACCAGUGCUCUGCUGGGCUUGGACCAGGACGAGCCCAAGAAGUUCAAGAUCCAGAGGAACUGUCAGCUGCUGGUGACGACCCCGUUCUCCAUGAUGAGACUGCUGGACGCUCAGUGCUUUCUGUUCCUGAGGCUGUGUCACCUGGUGCUGGACGAGGCCGAUGUCCUGUAUUCACAAGCUCCUGAGCAGAUGUCGGUGAUCCUGAAGCACUUCCAGAAGGUGGUGUCCGGAGAGGAGAGGUCCUCAUGCCCCAGGCAGAUCAUCGCAGUGGGCGGUCGCUGGAGCGCGGGAAUCCAGGCUCUGGUGCGAGAGCACAUGAUCUACCCCUCCGUCAUUAUCACCGUGAUGGAGGAGGCCGCGCUGUACGGCAGGGUUCAUCAGAGGGUUCAGCUGUGUCUGGACUGCGACAAGAUCUCCGUUCUACUCGGAUCUCUGGACUUCCACCCGCCCAAACCCCAGAAAACCCUCAUCAUUACCAACUCGGCCGAGGAGACAGAGCAUGUGUAUAAGGCUGUGGUCAACACUGCCGUAUUCACACUGAAAGCUCAUGAAGAUGUGACGGACCAAUUUGACUUCGUCAUUGAUCAGUGGAGGAAAGACAUCGGCCAAGGAACUCAGGUCAUUCUGGUGACCACCAACGACUGCCUCAAGGCUCUUGGUAUCCGGGACGCCACAUGCGUGGUCCAUUACGGGUUCCCCAGCUCCCCCAAGCUGUUCGGCCGACGCCUCUUCUGCAUGUCGGAGAACUUCAGAACCCUUCCAGACACGGAUCACGGGGAGAGCUGGUGUCCGGCGGCUCAGUCUGUGCUGCUGCUGUCGGAGCUGAACGCCCGGCACGUGUGCGGUGUGCUUCGGUACCUGAGGAGAGCCGGCGCUCGCCUGCCCCCCGAGCUGCUGCAGUUCGCCCUCGGUGUCCAGCAGGCCAAGGAGGAGCAGAAGACCCAGCGCCCGCUCUGCUGCGCGCUCAAGAGCUUCGGCUUCUGCAGAGACAGCACAGUUUGUCCAGAUAGACACAUGAUCAACAAAUCCCUGGAUCAUCCAAAGCACCCGGACUCUGGCACUGUAAUGGUUUUGCCGCUGCUGAUAAAGACGGCGAGCGUGUACUCGGGGCGUAUCGUGAGCCGGAGGGAGGACCGCUACGAGGCUCUGGCGGCUGCCAUGAGCGCGCACUACGCCGGAGAGAGACGCUGCGCUGUGGAGGUGCUGGAGGGAGAACUGUACGCCGUCCAGGAGGAGAACACCUACAGCCGUGUGCGUGUGAUGGAGGUGCCGGAUAAAGGAGAGCAGUUGUUCAGCAGCGUCACGGCCUGCUUCAUCGACGAGGGCCGUACACAGGAAGUGAAGUCACACCAGCUGCUCCAGCUUCCUGCUCAGUUCCAGGAGCUGCCGGGCCAGGCUGUGGAGAUCGUCCUGUGCCGAGCGCAGCCCGUCGACGGCGAGGUGGACUGGAACCCCAAGGUGACCAGAGCCGUGAGCCUGAAGAUCAGAGGGAAGCUUCAUCAGGCCAGGGUCGUGAUGAGCGUGGGGAACACUGUCUGGGUCGAUCCGAUGGUGCGCAUGACGCGAGUGCCGGGUCUGAAGACCUACAUCAACGAGUAUAACGUCCACGCUGAGAUCCUGGCCUCUGGGUUCGGCGUCAAUAACCCUCAGCACCUGGACCUGCUGAAGAGGGUUUUCCAGGGAGAGCAGAACCUCGGCACGCUGGACCAGCACCUGACAGACGACAGGAGUGAGAGCCCUGCGCUGAGCGUUUCUGAGGAGAUGCUGACCAGCCGGAUGAAGGAUGUGGUCAGUACCCAUAAUGCCCUGCGCUUCAUCCACAGCAGCAGCGCAGAUCAGGAGCCGGCAGAGGAGACCAGCCCGGAUGUGAACGGAUUCUCAUCUCCAGACCAGACCAGCUCACUAGUCCGUUCAUUAGCACUUGUAGUGACACUUGGUUUUGAUUAUGCAGACAAAGAUGAAGCCCUGAGCGUCAACAGAUUACAGGCUGCUAAUAAACCGCAGUUACUCCAUAAUCCAGCACUUUUAUCAUUCCAGCCUCCCAGUUUCCACCCGCAGAUCAAGUGGUUUCAGAGGGGCGAGUUUGUGACCAUCUGUGUGAAGCUCAUCAAUCCAGUGAUGCAGAAGUGUGAAUUCAGCUCUGACACCGUCAUCUACAGUGGGUACGUGAAUGACCGGCAUUACCACGCAAAGCUGGAGCUGUCCGGUGACAUCAUCGCAGAGAGGUGCUCAUGGGAAAUCAGGUGCAAUGAGCCCGUGAUGAAGCUGAUGAAAAAGGAAAAGCAGGACUGGACGACGCUCCUCAAACACAAGAGUGCCUUCGUCAGCUAUGAGUUUGACCACAUCGAUGAGACUCGUUCUUCUCCAGUGAACGGGCACUGGUUCCAGGCUGAGUUGGGAGAGGACGGCUGUUUCGUCAGCUCCGAGAGCGACAGCGACAGCGACUGAGCACAUCGGCCUCCACAUCAGUUUCACUGCCUAUAGGACAAUAAUAAUGCU